AUGGCGCUACCAGGGUUCGAACUUCUAUACAACAGUAUUUCUAAUCAAAUACGAUCGUCAGAUGAUGCUGCCAUCGCGGCUGUCCACUGGAAUUUGGUUUCAAACGGACUCAGAUGUUGCGGCAGCGGGGAAACUUGGCCUGACAGACAGAAUGAAAACUACACAGGAAGUGAAGCCCUGCCAGCAGACUGGAACAGUGAUGACAGUAUUUACGCACUCCGUUAUGUGGAUCCAACGUCCAACAGGACCUACUUGAUGAAGGCUCUGGCUAUGGAUGGAAUGUUGAUGUUGCAUCUCGUGCGUUGUUUUGAUGAGAAGUCUGUGAGUACCACAAUCAAGUCCCGAGAUUAUGUCAAUGAAGACCGUUCAACAGUUGCCAGGGCUUUCAGCAACCUGACAGAUCUGAAUUCUACGCUCACAAAAGAACUCUACACAAAGAUGAUCAGUGGGACCAAAGAGCAAAGUGCAGCCCGAUCAUCAUCAUCAACAAAUACAAGCAACCCUCGAGUGGAUUCUCAGAGGUCACCGUUGAUGGAAGACCCCAGGCGCGGACCUGGACCCGGGGGUGUUGGAUUUAUUCCGCCUAAUCCGUUCAGGCCUGACAUCUCAAAUCCUUUCAGCGUUGGACGUGCAGACCUUGACCCACUCAGUGGGGGCCUUGGUGGUGGGAUGUUUAUGGAUCCUAGAAGUUUUCCUGGCUUCAGGCCUGGUGGGACGCUGGGGCCCAACCCACCAGGGUUUCCUCCUGGAUCAGUGCCCCCUGGUGCCAGAUUUGAUCCUGUGGGGCCACCAGGAGUUCGACCCGUACCUGACCCAGAUCACGAGAGACCACCAGACAACUACGAUGACAUGUUUAUGUGA